CCCACCCCUCGCGGAACAAUCCCUUGCCUAGAUCGAUCACCACAGCUCACAGCGAGCUAGAUCCCCACAAAGAUCAAUUACCCUUGUAUGGAAGAGGUCGAUUCCGCCAACUCGAGUGUACAGUUUAGAGACGAUUUCAUAGCGUCGGACGUUUUUUUGAGUACCCGUGUCGGAGUAAAGGAGCGAGAACAAUUCCGCAAGGAAACGUAGAAUUUGCCGAGACUUGCAGCCUGAUAUGGAAGCGACUGCCGCGGCUAUGGCGAUGCAGAAAUCGCCAGGAGCUCCGAGGGCUCUGAACGAAGGCACCCAAGUGCGGGUUCCUGCGUCUCGCUCGGUGGUGUCCGGUGCGGCGUUGCCGAGAUGCUCUCAACCAGCCGCCUGUCUCUCAAAAGCAACACAAACUUCAAAGUGGACCGGAAACUGGAAACCCGAGAAAUUGGCAAAGCUUAGAGAGGCAAAUCCUUUUGCCAGCUUCCGCAGAGGUCUGAAGAUGCCGCAUGGUGCGCGAGCUGACUCUCAAUCUUUGCAAGAUGAGCAGGUGAAAACGGGGCAGCCAGGCACCCAGAAACAGAGCGUGCCAUCGAAGAUUGUGGAUCGCAAGGAAAGCUCAACCCCUAAGGAGCACAUGAAAGCAUGGAAAGAAGAGAUCACUAGCAUGCUGGGUGGUAAAGAGGGCAACUGGGAAGACUCUAAAUGGUUCCAAUCACAGAUUGACAAGCGUUGCGUCGACAACAUGAGGAUGCUCACCGUGGAUGCAGUAAACACAGCCAAGGCAGGGCAUCCUGGCUUGCCUCUUGGUAUGGCGGAGGUGGGAUACGUCUUGUGGCGCUACGUCAUGAAGUUUAACCCCAAGAACCCCAACUGGUUCAACCGUGACCGUUUUGUGCUCAGUGCCGGCCAUGGAUGUCUUCUGCAGUACAUUACGUUGCAUCUCUCUGGCUACGAUUCUGUACAGAUCGAAGACUUAAAGCGCCUCUGUCAGAUUGGCAGUCGAACCCCCGGUCACCCCGAGAAUGUUACGACUGACGGUAUCGAAGUCACCACCGGUCCGCUUGGUCAAGGAGUGGCAAAUGCAGUUGGAUUGGCAUUAGCGGAGAAGCAUUUGGCUGCUCGCUUCAAUAAGCACGACGGCAAAAUCGUUGACCAUCGAACGUUCUGCAUCAUGGGUGAUGGGUGUGCGAUGGAGGGGAUCACUAACGAGGCCGCGUCGCUCGCAGCUCAUUGGAAGCUCAACAAGCUCACAGUGAUUUAUGAUGACAACCACAACACCAUUGACGGAGACACAUCUCUGGCAUUCUCGGAGGAUGUCGGCGCAAGGUUUGAGGCGUUGGGCUGGAACCGUGUCGUCAUUGACAACAUCUAUCAUGACAUUGACUCUUUCAAAGAAGCCGUCCUCAACUUCGCAGGCAAGAGUGAUAAGCCGACCUUCAUUCAAGUGAAAUCACGCAUCGGACGGGAGUCAGUGAAGGAGAACACCGCUAAAGCUCACCACGGCACCUUUGACGAGGACGAUGUGAAGCAUAUGCACAAGAACCUCAAAUGGGAGAACCGUGAGCCAUUCUACGUCAUCCCUCAAGUUUACGAAGAGUUUACAGAUCAUGCAAAACACGGUAUAUCGGAGGAAGAAGAGUGGAACGAGGCGUUGGAAGAUUAUUCGAAAAAGUAUCCGGAAGAAGCUCGCAAUUUUAAGGAGCUCAUCAGCGGCGAGCUCCCCAAGGACUGGGAGAAAGCUAUUCCUCAUUUUCCAGAGGACGAGAAGAUUGACGCAACCCGGGGAUACUCGGAGACAUGCUUGAACGCCGUGGCAAAGGUGUUGCCUGGCUUGAUCGGUGGGAGUGCCGACCUUGCGAGCUCAAACAAGGUCUACAUGAAAGACUUUCCUGACUUCUCCGCCGAAACACCCGAGGGUCGCAACAUCCGGUAUGGCAUCCGCGAGCACGCCAUGGCUGGCAUUUCCAACGGGCUUGCUCUCCACAACUCGGGUUUAAUCCCCAUAGCUGCAACUUUUUUGAUAUUCAGCGAUUACAUGAAGAACUCAAUGCGCCUGUCCGCCUUGAGUGAAGCUGGUGUGAUCUACAUCCUGACACACGACUCAAUUGGACUAGGAGAAGAUGGACCAACACAUCAGCCUGUAGAGCAAUUAGCUGGGUUAAGAGCCAUCCCUGGAAUGUAUGUUUUGCGACCCGCCGAUGCUAAAGAAGUAGCGGGUGCGUACAAGGUUGCAAUCUCCCGGCGGCAUGCGCCAACGGUCCUGUCUCUCUCUCGCCAAAAAGUGGCGGCCAAUGUUGGUGGUACUUCUGCCGAGGGCGUGUUAAAGGGUGGCUAUGUCGUAAGUGACAAUACUGAUGAGAACAGCCUCCCAGAGCUCAUCUUGAUUGGAACAGGCACAGAGCUCGCCCUGUGCGAGAAAUCUGCUGAGACUCUACGGCAAGAAGGAAAGAAAGUUCGUGUCGUCUCCCUUGUGUGCUGGCAAUUGUUUGAUCAGCAACCAGAGGAGUACCGAGAGAAAAUUUUGCCUUCUGCAAUGGAGAAGCGAAUCAGUGUCGAAGCUGGGUCCCCUUUCGGAUGGCGUGAGUACGUUGGCUCCAAGGGUAAAAUCUUGGCUGUCUACACGUUCGGUUGCAGCGGCGCAUACACGAAAGUCUUCGAGAAAUAUGGGUUCACAGCAGAGAAUAUUACUGAUGUCGCCCAGAAACUUCUAACGGAAACGGAAACCAGAAACCAAAACUAAAAUAAUCAUUUUCGCGAAAUCCAGAUGGAAACAAACACGUACGAGGUUUAUAGGCCAUUCGCCUGCAACAUCUUUGAAAAUGAGUGACACGUGAACGAAAGUCCUAUUGUUAAAGUAGAUUGCCAGAAUUGAGCAGUGGAAAAAUCUGAUGCAAUUGUCCAGACUGCCACAUAUUGAUAUUUAGUUUCAUGCAGAGAGCUUCGUAGUGUAACACGAGCCGGAUAAUGAUUUGUAUUUACAUUUUCAUUGAACGAUCGUUGCGUACAGUUUGUCCCCACCUCUUAGUUCAAAACCAAAUGACUAGCUUCCAAACUGUUCCAACUUCA